AUGGACAAUUUGGAGACGCUGCCGAUGGACCUCAAUAACAUUGCAGCUGCUGCCGUGGAAGCUGCUGCAGCCAUUCAUGGUGAUGUCCUUGAGGACCCAGAGGUGAAGCCUGCGAGUUCCGCAUCCCUGCCACAAGGCAAGCCGGAUGAACCACAAGGUGUUCCACUGACGGCCAUGGACAUGGACAAGGAGGCCAAGACCGGCAAUCCUGGGAUUGACAAAGGCAAGAUCGACAAGUCUGAGAUGGACAAGAUGGAGAAGUGCGACAAGAAUGCUGCCAAUCGCGAUGUUCUUGCGCUGAUGGAGCUGAAGCCGGAGGCACCUCUCAUUCUUCGUCGUGAGCAACUAUCAGCACCUUUUCGUGCCGGGGAUGAUGGGGAGACAGAAGACGCAGAGAUGCCUGAUGGUGAGGGCGACGGUGACCACAAGUCUGACCAUGGUGAGGAGGAGGGAGACGACCCGGUGCUUAAGAAACCGGCGGCCAGGCGGAGCAGAGCCAAGGCGAAGGCGAAAGCCACCGCCAAGGCGAAGGCUAAGGCCGCCGCCAAGGCGAAGGCCGCCGCCAAGGCGAAGGCCAAGGCCGGCGCCAAGGCGAAGGCCGCAGCGAAAGCUGUUCCCGAAGCGAAAGCCAAGACAAGCCGCAAGUCUGUUGCCAACGCGGAUGGCGACACUGGUGCCAAAGAGAAGGGCAGAAGGCCAGCGGCCACAUUUGCCAAGCGUUGGAAGCCCGACAAUGAGGAAGGAGCAGCACGCUUCUUGGCGAUCAGGGACGUGUUCAUGUCGCACAUCGCCCCCAAGUUGCAAGCGCAGUCCAGCUUUCAGGAUGGAUGGUUCACUCUUUGCACCCGCCUCUUCAGAGGAUCCGAUGCAGUUGGCUACCCGGAGUACGUCGCAUUGGCCACAGAGAAGGUGACCGAGUUCUUGAACAUGGAGUCUGUUCGCAGUGCCGUGAAGCAGGAUGGCUAG